AUGACAAGUUAAUAAUAGGUCAACAUUUUAAUUUGACAUCGGGAUGUUCCAACGUUGCCUCUCGUAAUUUCCACGUUUCUGUAAACGUUUACUGAGAAGUUACUUCUCAAAUUCUGAAAGAGCUCAACAAACAAAACUGACAACAGAGGUCUACCUCCAUGCUGGGACAAGCAAGUUGUUCGGUGAACCGCGACCACAAAAUCGCCACAGUUCAGCAGUCAACUGUCACACAGGCGACAAGGCCUGGGAAAUACGUCCAACUUCCUGGUUCGUUGGAACGUUCAAGCAAAGAGAACAGUCGAGAGGAGUUUUUGGUUGUAGUUUUAGUUUGUAUGGACCUACAUUGCUUCACUGUGGACUCUUGAUGAAUUUUGUUCAUGCACUCGAGACCAGGAUAAUCUUGAGCCAUAUUGUUGUAUAUUUUCCAAUCUUCUGCUGAGACGAAACCCAACUGCCAUGCCGUAUGUAGAUAGACAAGGUCGGACCUGUGGUUUCAUGGAUUUUGAAGAACAGGAUCAGAGUGGCCGGUUCUUCCGUCGUUACUUCAUGAUCGAUCAGGAAAAAGGAAUAUUUGCCUGGUACAUGGAUAACCCAUCUAAUCUGCAAGAAGGAGCAAGUACAUCUGGAGAAAUACAGCUGUCUUUAAUAUCAAAUGCAAGAGACGCCACCAAACAAAGACCGAAGGUAGAAUUCUGUUUUGUGGUGACUAUACCUUCAAGGAACUAUCACUUUCGUGCAGAUAACCAGCAAGACUUAGAAGAGUGGGUUCUUCAUCUUAAUGAGGCAUGCAAAAUUAAGGUACCGGUUCCUACGGCAACGAAGACGAGUCCCCCUCUAACAGUGGACAUCACAAAGGCUAACAGCCUCGGCAGUUUAUCCCCAAAAUCUCCUAAUAAAUCGCUACUGAGCUACAAGACGGAAAUCGUUGGUGGAGUGGUACACAGAAAGGCGGUAGAGAACAGUGAUAAAAGGCAGAGUCACCAGCCGGCUUGUACGUCGUCGCACCUCAAGUCUCAUCUUGAGUACACACCUAAUGCACACAGUGACACGGACAGUGAGGACGAGAGUGCGGUGCUCAGAACCAGGUCGUGGCCUCGUUCUCCUUCCCCGUCGAGUGGGGGCGAACGAAAUCUCAGCCCGGUCUUUCCCGGGAAGAAGGUUGUCAAAUCUGGAUGGUGUGUCAAGCAAGGGGGUGUGAGGAAAAACUGGAAGAGAAGGUAUUUCAUUCUGGAUGAUGUGGGGAUAGCUUACUACAAGUCCUCUUCCGAUAAACUUCCUCUGAAGACGAUAACUAAGAAGGAUAUAACGGUGUGCAAGAUGUCAGACAUAGGUGACACGCUCGGGAGAGACAAUUUAUUUGAAAUCAUCAGCCCUUCAAGAACCUUCUUUAUACAGGCCUACUCGCCAGAGGACAUGGCGGAAUGGAUUAAUGCUAUAAACGAUGUCCGAGCCCCUAAACGUGCUAGUGCUCCCCAAGUCAGUCAAAAGAAGUCAACAAAGAUUGAAAGUACAUGUAAACCAUUUUGCAUCAGAGCCAAAUUACUUAAGACUCCUGUGGAAACGGAACAAACUGUCAAAUGGGAGAAACAGCAUGGCAUCAAGAUCAACAUCGAGCAGCCGCCAGAGGAUGCGAUAGACUUUGAGAAUAACCCAGUAAAACCUGGAGGGAACGAACCAGGAACUGAGGAAGAUCAAGAACAGAUGAACAUUAUAAUGGAGUUUAUCGAAGGCAGAGAGACUAACAUUUAAGGCUCUGAACACUAGGCGGCAGCAGACUCACCAUUAGGUUAUUCCGAAAA